AUGGAUAGCCUGACUAUGUUAAUCAUGCUGCAAUCUCACUCAUCCAGGCCGGCUACUAUCGUAACCAAUAAAGCAAAGAGUCGUGAGAAGGAAUUCCCACCAGCACCGACACCACCACCGCCUCUACCUAUGGAUCUAGGACCACCUGGACCUCCUGGACCUCCGGGAGAACCUGGAUACGUUCAACAAGAAUCGCCAUAUGGUGGUCCAGUCCAAGCACUCCCUGGACCACCUGGAGUUGCUGGCCCACCCGGUCCACCUGGCCCACAAGGAAUCCAAGGCCCUAGAGGCGAAACUGGCUAUCCCGGUCGUGAUGGCCGCGACUUCCAAGGCCUGUCCGAUCGCGAUAUCGAACUGAUCGUCAGACAUCCAAUG